GCAGCCGGGCCGCCAUGGCGCUGCGCGCGGCCGUCUUCGACCUUGACGGGGUGCUGGCACUGCCCUCGAUCGCCGGCGCCCUGGGCCACGCGGAGGAGGCCCUGGCGCUGCCCAGAGGCUUCCUGGGAGAAGCUACUCAGCAGACAAGUGUGGAUGGCCCCAGUGCCCGCCUCAUGAGAGGAGAGAUCAUGUUUUCCCAGUGGGUGCCACUCAUGGAAGAAAACUGCAGGCAGCGCUCCAAAGCCUCUGGCAUCCGCCUUCCAGAGAAUUUCUCUAUGCAACAGAUCUUUGGCAGAGCGGUGUCAGCAAGGGACAUCAACCACCCCAUGCUUCAGGCAGCUCUUGCUCUCAAAAAGAAGGGAUUUACGACGUGCAUCCUUACCAACAACUGGCUGGAUGACAGUGCCCAGAGGGGCAGCCUGGCCCAGCUGAUGUAUAAGCUGAACCCACACUUUGACUUCCUGAUCGAGUCGUGUCGCAUUGGAAUGGUCAAGCCUGAGCCUCAGAUCUACAAAUUCCUACUGGACACCCUGAAGGCCAGUCCCAAUGAGGUUGUUUUUCUAGAUGACAUCGGGAGUAAUCUGAAGCCAGCCCGUGACUUGGGAAUGUCCACCAUCCUUGUCCGUGACACGGACACAGCCCUGAGAGAACUGGAGAAAGUCACCGGGACACAGCUUCUCACCGAAACUUCACCACCAAUCUCCUGCCACCCAAGUGACAUGAGCCACGGGUUUGUGACCGUAAAGCCUGGGGUCCGCCUGCAUUUUGUGGAGAUGGGCUCAGGCCCUCCGGUGCUCCUCUGCCAUGGGUUUCCUGAGACCUGGUUCUCUUGGAGGUACCAGAUCCCUGCUUUAGCCCAGGCGGGUUUUCGGGUGAUAGCUAUGGAUAUGAAGGGAUACGGAGAGUCAUCCUCCCCUCCUGAAAUAGAAGAAUAUGCCAUGGAAGUGUUAUGUAAGGAAAUGGUAACUUUCCUGGAUAAAAUGGGCAUUGCUCAAGCAGUGUUCAUUGGCCACGAUUGGGCUGGUGUGCUAGUGUGGAACAUGGCUUUCUUCUAUCCUGAGAGAGUGAGGGCAGUGGCCAGUUUGAACACACCCUUUGUGCAAGCAAAUCCCAAGGUGUCUGCUAUGGAGAUCAUCAAGACCAACCCAAAUUUUGAUUACCAAGUGUACUUCCAAGAACCAGGAGUAGCCGAGGCUGAACUGGAACAGAACCUGACUCGGUCUUUCAAAAACUUAUUCAGAACCAGUGAUGAGGGUUUCCUCCGAAUGCAUAAAAUCACUGAAUCAGGGGGGCUCUUUGUGAAUGCUCCAGAAGACCCGGGCCUCAGCAAGAUGCUUACUGAGGAGGAUUUGGAGUUUUAUGUACAGCAGUUCAAGAAGACUGGCUUCAGAGGUCCCCUAAACUGGUAUCGAAACAUGCAAAGGAACUGGGAGUGGUACUGCAAAGCCACAGGGCGUAAGAUCAUGAUCCCAGCGUUGAUGGUAACAGCAGAGAAAGACGUUGUACUUCGUCCUGAGAUGUCCAACAAGAUGGAAACCUGGAUCCCCAACCUGAAAAGGGGGCACAUCAAGGAAUGUGGGCACUGGACACAAAUGGAGAAGCCUGCUGAGGUGAACAAGAUCCUCGUUGAGUGGCUGGAGAGCGAACUCAAGAACCCCCCAGUAGUCUCCAAGAUCUAAGCUGUUUCGUGUCCCCAGCAGUGUUCAUGGGAUCAUUGGGAAAAGUGGUGUGGCAUCUCUACGUGGCCUCACCCACAUCUCAUAAUCAGUAGCAUCAUUCUUUUGCCCUCCAAAAACAGUGCUUUUCUUUAAAUGAAGUUGAUCAAACUUGAUGUAAGUUUAGAUCUAUGUGAAAUCGUGUAUGAUUAAUCCUCUGGGUGUAGUUUAAUCAUCUAAGAACAAUGCAUGUCCUGGCAGGAAGAAAUGGGACAGCCCAGUGAUGAGUUCUCUUUGACGGACCAACUCCCAGUUUUACAACAAAAUGUGAGCCUCAUUUUGAAGCACAACAUUAGAGACGAGGGAUCCUUUAUUCAAUAAAACCAAGAUCAAGGGAGUCCUGCUCUCUGCUCUCCUAGUAAGAUGGCAAUUUUUCUUAAAAAGGCGUUGCUUUUGAAAAGGUGUUUGUCCUCUGCUCUCAGACCUUGCUAUGGCCUCCAGGGAGCCUUCUAGAAGUAUAUGGUGAGUGCCCUGCAGCAGCCAGACCCAGGGAACGCAUGCCCUUCCUUCCUAUGCUAAGGAAGCAGAGGGCCAAAAGGAAGUCCAGCUGGGUUAUAAAACCUUAAGCCCCACCCCUGUGGUGACCUAUUUCCUCUAGCAAGGCUCUAACUCCUAAAGAUUCCACUAGCUGGACACUGAGCGUUCAACACAUGAGUCUAUGGGGGAAAUGGCACAGUCAAGCCACAACGAUAUAAUUUUUGUGGCUUUGAAGUGUCAUUGCUCAAAGAAUGUAAUGUAUAGCCAGGUUCCAAGACUGAAGUUUAAAACUUAGGUGAAAGUUGCCGGGCAUGGUGGGGCACGCCUUUUAAUCCCAGCACUGGAGAGGCAGAGGUAGGAGGAUCACCGUUGGUUCGAAGCCUCCCUGAGACUCCAUAGUGAAUUCCAGGUCAGCCUGAGCUAGAGUGAGACCCUACCUCGAAAAACCAAAAAAAAACCAACAACAAAAAAACUUAGGUGAAAGUUUAAAAAUUAAGUGAAAACGAUCUGGCUUAUUUUGGUUGAAUAAUUUCUUCUUAAUCUUCCUUAUCUUUUUAUCCUGACUCAUUAGUCAUUGUAGGAGUUGAUCUCAAGCGUUGGCUAUUGUAUCUAAUUGGUUGAAUGUAUGUCUCUCCUUUUGUACCAUGAAGGUGUUGCUGAUUUAUCCUUGAGCCCGAGGGGCUCACCAUUGGUAGGCGACUUGGUGUGUUCUCAUUAAAUAUCUGUUGAAUAAAUCAGAGAAUGAAUUCAUACACA